AUGGAAACACCUCUCCCCUUCGGUUGGAAGCCUCUCCACAUCGACCGCUACGACAGCACGACGGAUUCGGACGAACACAUCGACCUAUACACUAUGCAGUAUGCCACGAGUCGGCCUCACCAUGUCACAUCGGCCGCCUUGGCCAGUCUCAGGCAGGGCGACGAUGAAUCGCUAAGGACAUUCAUGGAGCGCGUCGCCGACAUCUCGGUCAAGAUUCAGAAUUUGAAUCCCAAAGUCGCACUGCAUGCCAUGCUCAUCGCCCUCAAGCCCGGACCUUUCGUAGACAGCCUGUGUCGCGAAGCUCCUCGUGACAUGAUGAAACUAGGUGAGGAGAUUGAUGUUUCCUUCACUUGCUCCAUGCUUAGGACCGUGAAUGAUCUUGUGGUUAAGUGGUCAAAUUUGAACCUUAAGAAGCGAGGUCGAGUUCGCGGCAAGUCACAGGCAAAGCCAGACCAUGGUCACAAGGACAAGAUGAAGGUCAACAACGACAGUCAGUUCAAGAAGUCUGCCAGGGCAAACAAAGGGGGGAGAUACGACUUUUACACCCCUCUGAGUGCAACCCGAGUACACAUCCUGGAGGAAGCUAGCAACAACAACCUACUCACUCUACCACCACCUGGGCACAGUCCCAACAACACAGACAGGACAAAGCACUGCCGGUACCAUAGAAACCACGGUCACACCAUCGAGGAAUGUCGUAUACUCCGGGAUCGUAUAGAGGAGCUCGUCCAGGCAGGGCACCUCGAGCAAUACGUACAGCGGUAG